ACGCGGCUGUUCGUUUAUCAGAGGAGACACAGCGCUGUUGUUGCACAUAUGUCAGGAAAAGUCCAGCAGUAGACUAGAUACCGUCAAGACAAAAAGCACCUGUCACCAUGAAGAGAGUUGUUGUGUUCACUUUUUUAGUCUGCUGCGCUGUCUCAGCACUGUCAUUGGCUGAAGAUGGAAAUAAUUCCAGACCUUCUGCAACCGUGUUGCCUGCGGAUGAGUUUGGCAAAACAAGCACGGAAACCUCCAAGCUAACCACCAAGCCAGCCCCCAAGCCAACCACCAAGCCAACCCCCAAGCCAACCACCAAGCCAACCACCAAGCCAACCACCAAGCCAACCACCAAGCCAACCACCAAGCCAACCCCCAAGCCAACCACCAAGCCAACCACCAAGCCAACCCCCAAGCCAACCCCCAAGCCAACCCCCAAGCCAACCCCCAAGCCAACCACCAAGCCAACCACCAAGCCAACCCCCAAGCCAACCCCCAAGCCAACCCCCAAGCCAACCCCCAAGCCAACCCCCAAGCCAACCCCCAAGCCAACCCCCAAGCCAACCACCAAGCCAACCACCAAGCCAACCACCAAGCCAACCACCCCCAAGCCAAUCACCACCAAGACAACCCCCAAGCCAACAACCCCAACUCCUCCUAAACCUACUCCCCCUACCAACUUGACUGUUGGAAACUACAGCGUAAUGACAGACAAAAAAGUGAUGUGCCUGAGGGCUCAAAUGGCGGUACAGAUCCGACUGGCAACACCAAAGGCCAAUGGAACCUUCAUUGUUCAACCAAAGUCCACCACAGCAGUAGGAGGUUGUAGUGGAACCAAGGCCAACCUUACCCUUGUCUUCAAAGAGGGCUUGAUCACCUUCAUCUUCAACAAGAGCGCUGCUAAUAAUACUGUCUACGUUAAUGCUCUGUCUUUCAAACUCAACUACCCCUUAACCAAAGAAGUUGCAUACAACAUGCCAUACACUGCCUCCAACAAGUCACUGCAUCUCUUCGGCGCAAGGGUCGGACAUUCCUACUCCUGCAAGAGUGAAUCACUGUACAUGGGGAAUGGACUGUACCUGGAUGUCAAUCAAGACAGGACGCAGGCCUUCAAUCUGACGAAGGGCAAUGAGUUUGGCAGUUCUGACCCUUGUGCUGCUGACAAGCCUGACUACCGCGUUGCCAUUGCUGUGGGAGUGACAUUGCUGGUGCUUAUUGUCAUCGUGGUGGUGGCCUACCUGCUGGGCCGCAGGAGGAAGACCAAUGGCUACCAGUCUCUGUGAGGGAGGCCGGGCAGACUUUGAUCAGAGGUCACUCAGAGGUUACUCCCAUUAUAAACCAAAGUCAGUGAGGCUGUGAUCUUUCUCGAGCCACUAAAGCCUAUCGGGCCAUUUUUCAGUUAGUUUAUGCCUUGGUUUACCUAAUUUACUGUUAUAACAGUAUUUUAACUAGAGAUCCCGAGUACGCAGGCUGGAGUGUGUCACUGGAAUACGUGGAGACCUCAAAAGUGUUUGAUUAUAAUCAUGCUAUUAUAAAUUCAUAAAUUCAAAGUAAUAAAAAUAAAAAGAUAAUUAAAUUGAUCUAAUAAUCACUCUAAUCUUUUAAAUGCUGAAUUAAUAAUUGAAGUCCUAAAAUACAUUUAAAUGUAUAAAUAAAUAGAAUAAAUAAAGCAGGCACUUUAGAUUUGAUUAAAACACAAAAUUAAACUGUAAAUGUUAUAGCAGGAAACAAAUAAUCACAUAAAUUAAUCAAUUUAUAAUAGAUUUUGUAUUAUUAUUCCAGUGGCAUAUUCUUGAUUUUUUUUUUUAGAUUUAACAUUCCAAUAGUUAAUAUUUAUAUUUGAGCAUUUGUAUAGGCUGGACAAGCCUCUGAAAUAGCAUUUAUAUAUUGGGACACUAAAAAGACUAAAGCUAAUAAUGGCACAUCUGUACAGACUGACAUCUUCAUUAAAACUGCCCAAAAUGUAUCAUUAGAAUCAGUUCAGGUUAUUUUCCCCUAAAGACAGCCCAAGUGUAUGUGGUCAGUACUGUGAUAAUGAUAUAACUUUGGCUCCUUUUAUCAGUCUAUCCCCACAUUAAACUCUCACUGAGGAGUGAAAUCGGAAAGUAGGUCAGACUUUAUUGUGUGUUUUAUCUAAAUUAUAUUCAUCUUGUCUCAGCAAAUACACGAUAAAGUUAGUUUAAUUCUUCCUCAUUGUUUUAGGUUUAUUUGGAAAUGUUUUGUUGUUCCUUUUUUUAUUUUUUUAAGAAUCAAAUCUUGUAUCUUCUAGGGACUUUAUGUUUAAAAAAAGAAGGGAAGUUAUCAGAUCUAUAAUGUUACAUGGGAUUAUACAGACUGUUUGCUUUUAUUAAUAGGCACAAAGGGAAAAUUAGAGGGAUGUUUACAAGGGAUUAUUCAAACCCAGACGACAAUAAUUGCACUAAUUACUGUCCCAACUUGAUUGCAUUUGUGUUUUUUCAUACAAUAUGUGGCUGAUGUUGUGUUUUCAUAGAAAUGCAGGGAUGAAUCGUCCAUGUGGUUCAGUAAUGAGUCUAUUCUGAUUCGAUUGUGUAUGGGUUAUACAUUCAUCACAUCUCUGGAGUCCAUCUCUCCUCCCUCGCCAAGUCUACUCUCAUAUACCAUAUUGCCUUAAAGGAAUAGUUCGACUUUUCAAAUAUGAAAACUGUGAUUCUGUUGUGCACUAAUGGCACAUAAGUGGACGCCACAAAGAGACAUUAUACUGUUGAGAAAACAAUCCCACAACAGCUCCCGAACAGCUUCUAAAUAAAGCUCACGGUGAGAAUACUUUCUUAACUGCUGUUUCCAAGGUCAAGAAGGAACUUUGAACCUCAAAUACUAUGAUCCAUUUAGGCGUCUAUCAGAAAUGGCAGAAUUGCAAUUUGAGUACAUAAGUAAAAUAACCAAUGUAUUUUUUCUAAUCCAAAUGCUAGUUUCCUGUUAAAGGGCCAGUUCUACCAUAUUCUAAAGGGCCACAUUUUCUCCCAUACUUCUAUCUAGUCAGGCAGGUGGUUUCAGUUUUAUGUGCUCAUGGUUUUGAUAUAUUUGCUUCUAAAACUUCUGUUGGAUGGAAUUUCAUUGGUGCUCCUCCAGGCAUUGAAAAAUGACAUCUGAAAACUGAAUAACGGCUUGUAUAUUUCUAGAACUUACAUCCCGGUCACCCUAUGUAUCCUCAUAAAUAGCUGUCAACAAUAUUUUUUUUGGUAGAAAGUAGUUGUGGUGAAAACUGUCGUCAGGACUGUCUGUAGAUUACACAGGGUGACCAGGACAUGCUUUUUGGAAAAACAAGCUGCUGGUGAGUUUUUUUUCAAAUGUCAUUUUUCAAUGCCGUGCACUUCCAUUGUUUUGUGAUGGAAGCAGAAAUCUCAGAGGCAGAUAUCUCAAAAUCUGCCUCAAAAUUUCGCCCAUCAGGUGAUGCUCUGAAGUUAUGAAGUGAACAUAAAUAAGGGACAUGUACAGUUAUCCACAGUGUGUGAGCACUUUUACCUGUUGUUAACUUCCUGUGCCAAUAAAGACUGAUAUAAUUCUAA